GCUCCGCCGGCUCCGGUCCCCAGCAGCUCUAUGAGUGCAGCUUUCCAGCCCUCCCUCAUGAUGAUGCAGCGCCCCUUGGGAAGCAGCACGGCCUUCAGCAUAGACUCGCUCAUAGGCAGCCCCCCCCAGCCCAGCCCGGGCCACUUCGUCUACACCGGCUACCCCAUGUUCAUGCCCUACCGGCCGGUGGUCCUGCCCCCGCCGCCCCCGCCCCCGCCGACCCUCCCGCAAGCCUCGCUGCAGCCAGCCCUGCCGCCCUCUCACCCCCACCACCAAAUCCCCAGCCUGCCCACCGGCUUCUGCUCCAGCCUGGCCCAAGGGAUGGCUCUCACCUCCACGCUCAUGGCCACGCUGCCCAGCAGCUUCUCCGCUUCCCCGCAGCACCAGGAGGCGGCCCGGAAGUUUGCCCCCCAAGCUCUCCAGGGCAACUUCGACAAAGGCGAAGGGAUCCAGCAGGAGACCGAAGAGGGGAAAUCCUUCCUGAGCAAGGAGAGCUCCCUGCUGUCCUUCGCCGCCGCAGAAGCCGUGCAGGCGUCCCUGGGGGCUGUGCGGCCUCAGGCCAAAGAUGAUUCCAAAGCGGAAGACGACUCCAAAGGCAAAGAGGAAAGUUUCUCGAUGGACAGCGACCUAGACUAUAGCUCUGAUGACAACAUCACAAGCCAAGCCGCCCAUAAAGAAGAGGACUCUGGCAACGCACUAGAAGAAAACACUCAGAGCACAAAUAACUCCAACACCACCACGUCCACUGGCAAAAACAGGCGGAGGAGAACAGCCUUUACCAGCGAGCAGCUGCUUGAGUUGGAAAAGGAAUUUCAUUGCAAAAAGUACCUGUCUCUGACAGAGAGAUCCCAGAUCGCUCAUGCCCUCAAACUCAGUGAAGUGCAGGUCAAAAUCUGGUUCCAGAACAGAAGAGCCAAGUGGAAAAGGGUGAAAGCCGGCAAUGCCAACUCGAAGACAGGAGAGCCCUCCAGAAACCCCAAGAUCGUGGUACCCAUCCCUGUCCAUGUCAGCAGAUUUGCCAUCAGAAGUCAGCACCAGCAGCUGGAGCAAGCCAGACCCUGAUACAUUUCCACCAUCCCUUCCCGCCCCCCAUCCAAAAGUUUUGAUCAAUGUUUCGAAAUCGGGUUAAAAAACAAACACAAACUUUAAUCUGAACCUUUCGGCAUAUCAAGUAAAGCAAGAAUCUAUUACUAAGAGGCUUAAAACUGUGUUUUGUUUUGGAGCGGGAAUAUCAAACCCUUGAAGAGACAUAAUAAAUAUUUAUUAUACUGUCCUACUUUGUAUAUAAAGUGCUGGAUCUCAGCUGCAGUGUUUUGACUCUUAUGGGACCAAAUAACCAGUAACAUGAAUUCUUACAUUCCAGAAGAAAACCAACAACAAAAAACUGCAGUGCAUAUUACUCAUCUUUUGAGUCUUGGUUUUUUUUAAAAAUCAUUUUGAAAGGUAAAAAUGAAACAAAACUAAGAGGUUUGUUUUCCCCUUUUUGGGUUGGCUGAGUGGCAGACA